AUGGAAAUUGAACUAAGCAAAUAACUUUGUUAAUAGAUUGAAACAGAAAUUCUAAAAGUAAUAGAUAAAUGUUAAGAGCUUUUAUCUACUUUUAGUAAUCAUGCAAAAAAGAACAUAGAAAUUGUGCUAUUGGUAGGAACAACAGGAGCAGGGAAGUUCACAUUAUUUAACUUUCUUAGUGGAGCUGAUUUCAAAAUUCAGGAUAGAGAAUUAUAAUUAAAAAACCCAUCAAAUAAGUUUUCAGAGAUGAAAGGUGGAAUGAGCUCUGUUACUAAAGAGCCUAAAUAUUAUUUUAACUCAGAAUAUAACCAUUUAUUAAUUGACUUCCCUGGUUUUUAAGAUACUGAUGGAGAAUUGGAUUAACUUUUAAUGGAACUACUUUUUUAAAGGGUUGUAACUUCAAUGCCUAUUAAAGUUGUAUAUGUUUUGAAGAACAAUGAAAGCACUCUACCUAAUAGAGGAAUACAAAUAAUAGAAUUUGUUGAUCAGCUUUUUAAAAAUAGUAAUUUAAGCGUUAAUAAAUUUAAUUUAUUAUUGAAUUGCUAUUUAGAAGAAUUAUCAGAUGAAGAAUUGAUAAGAAACAUUAGAAUGGAAUUGAAAUAAGCGAAUAAGAAUAAUUAUAUAGACAAUAUUCUUAUAGUUAGAAAAGUAAUGAAUUCUGAAGAUUUGAAUAUUUAUUUUGCAAAUGGAAAAAGAAAUGAAUAAUGGUCAAAAUUAGAAAAAAUAAAACCAAUUUAAUUGAAACCAAGAUCAAUUCCAAAUACAGAUAUACUUUCGAAAUAUCUAAGAUAAUAAAUAUCAUCGACUAUUUAUCAAAACCAAUUACUAGACGUAGGGGUAGGGGUAGAGGCAGAUGCUCAAGAAGGCAAGUAGGAGGUUGAAAAAAGAGAAUUAGCUGAAAAGCUAAUUUAGUGA